CGGAAUAAAAUCAACCUUAAAAUUCUUUUUUCUCCUCCCCUCCCCGUACCCGGCCAGUGGUUCGGGAAUAUUUUUUUCGUGGAAGGGACCGUCUUCCUCAGCUGUGACCCUCUCAUCAGGUCUGGGAAGUGGUAACUGGAAAUUAGAACUCCUGGAGAAGUGUUACCACAGACCAUGUACAAGGCCCUAAUUUCCCUGACAUCCGUCCGCCAGCACCGCCCUUUCAGGUACAACUCCAAGAGACCCGCCAAACUUGGUGAAGUCACCCGCUUACAGGGCUCGCUCCCCACCUGAGCAAGGACUGCAAUUCCCAGGGGCCUCCAGGGCAUCCGGCCGCGACAUUCCAGUCGUGCAGGCGGCGCGCUCUUUCCCGCUCCGCUCAAGUACGGGAACCGGUUCCCGGGCUCCCAGCCUCUCGACAGCGCCCACGCGCCUGGGCCGAAGUCGGCGAGCGGAAGCCGGCGGCGCGGAGGCUUCUGGGAGAUGGAGGCCGAGGCUGCGACCUGCGCAGGCGCAAACCUGCAGCUGGGGGUGAGGGCUGGAAGUGGCGCGGUUCGCGGCAGCGACCCGAUGGAACCUCCUGGUCCUGUGAGGGGGCCCUUGCAAUAUUCCAGCUGGUAUGAGCCUUCUGCAGAGCUAGUUCAGACUAGAACGGCUGUAUCACUAACAGCAGCUGAAACUCUGGCCCUUCAGUGUACACGGGGACAAGAGAAGAUUAUGAUGAUGGAACCAAAGGAAGAGGAACAGUCUUGUGAGUAUGAGACCAGGCUACCUGGGAACCACUCUACCAGUCAAGAGAUCUUCCGCCAACGCUUCAGGCAUCUCCGCUACCAGGAGACUCCUGGUCCCCGGGAGGCCUUGAGCCAGCUACGGGUACUCUGCUGUGAGUGGCUAAGGCCAGAGAAACACACGAAGGAGCAGAUCCUGGAGUUCCUGGUGCUGGAACAAUUCUUGACCAUCCUGCCUGAGGAGCUCCAGUCGUGGGUGCGGGGACAUCACCCUAACAGUGGAGAGGAGGCUGUGACUGUGCUGGAGGAUUUAGAGAAAGGACUUGAACCAGAACCGCAGGUCCCAGGCCCUGCACAUGGACCUGCACAGGAAGAGCCAUGGGAGAAGAAGGAAUCUCUGGGAGCAGCCCAGGAAGCACUGAGCAUCCGGCUCCAGACUAAGGAGACCCAGCCUUUCCCAAAGAGUGGUGAGGAGCAGGAUUCUGUGGGGAGGGAGAGGAGAAAGAGGGACG